CCUGAACCGGCCUACUAUUGACUGUUAAAUCUACUACCUCAAACCUAUUACUAUGUAAUUUAUGUCAUCGCCUAAUGUACAAUACCUAGAUAGCACUAGAAUCUCCACAAAGUGCAUUGGUGUCACGACGAAGGCCGGGUUCAAUUGUGACUCUUUUAAUUGUGACCCCCCAUAUAAAAGGUUAAUAGUCAACAGGAUAUUCGAACAUACCUAUAUAUCUCUACUUGAACUCCGAAGCACAUCAAGUCACCGCAAAAAUGCUACAAUCAUCAAUGCUUCCGUUAAAACUGGUAAGGAGAUCCUCCACACUAGUUCGGCAUCUUAUGUCAAUCAGCGAUUUAUCGUCUACCGAACUGUCAACGCUGGUGCGGAAUGCGGCAAAUCACAAAAAGGCCGCGAGAAAUAAAAUUAUUCCCCAUGACCUGACUCUAAGCUUAAGGGGGCAAACGGUGGCUAUGAUGUUCAGCAAGCUGAGCACUCGCACGCGAGUUUCAACAGAAGCUGCCGUAACUAUGCUAGGAGGUCAUCCUAUGUUCCUCGGGAAAAAUGAUAUCCAAUUAGGAGUAAACGAGUCACUGAAGGAUACGUCUAAGGUUAUUUCAUCUAUGACAUCCGCCAUCGUAGCUCGUGUUGGGCCUCACAGUGAUAUCACAGACUUGGCCAAGUAUUCGAGCGUUCCGGUUAUUAAUGCGCUAUCUAAUGAUUUCCACCCCCUGCAAAUCAUUGCUGACUUCCUUACCAUCCAUGAGUCACUGACAAAGGUUGGGGAUAAUCUCCUCGUACCAAAGGGAUUGAAAGUUGCCUGGGUUGGAGACGCAAACAACGUAUUAUUCGACUUCGCUAUCGCCUGCGUGAAGCUGGGCGUUGAAAUCUCAGUUGCGACACCUCCUGGUUACGGCAUUCCACAAGACAAGGUAGAUCUGAUCACGAGUCAAGCCAACACCACGUCGAUACCCGGCGUUCUAAACCAGACCCAUGUUCCGGAGGAGGCCGUGAAGGAUGCCGAUAUCAUAGUAACCGAUACUUGGGUUUCCAUGGGCCAAGAAGAAGAGACCCAGAAGCGACUGAAAGAUUUUGCCGGCUUCCAGGUCAGCACCGAACUAGCUAAGAGGGGCGGAGCCAAGCCGGACUGGAAAUUCAUGCAUUGCUUACCCCGUCAUUCCGAGGAGGUCACCGAUGAGGUUUUCUACUCUCCCCGGUCCCUUGUCUUCCCCGAAGCAGAGAAUAGGCUUUGGGCAGCUAUCUCGGCAAUUGAAGCCUUCGUCGUGAACAAAGGGAAAAUAUCCUCAUCAACUUAGAAUAAGUUCGGAAAUGAUCGUCAACUAGUACGGGGCGAGAAAGCUAAUAAGGGUAAAUCCACUGGCGUUGUUUUACGGGAGCUUGAUCUGUCAGCUCUGGAGUAAAUGGCAUGGUGUUUAAAAUGCUUUCUAGCUUGAUAGAUUUAUCACUUACGAAUGGCAGGGUCAAAAAAAGGGGGGAUUACAAUGAGAAGGCUUCAUUCAGCCUUUGCAUAGUAUGAUUUAUGUAGCUCACGCCUAGUGACUUAUGUUUACAAUGUAAUAAUGACAA